AUGUCAGGCGGCAACUCCAAGAACAAAUCUCGCAGUAAGACGCACGAAGGAUGGGAGGAGGCUGGAGGGGAGUUCUACCAAGAGUUAUACCCUGGAGGGGAGCAGGAACUCUUUGAGAACUUACAGAGAGCUGAUGCUGCUAAACUAGCUACGCUACUGCCAUCGAAACAGGCGAGAAAUA